AAACUGCAGGCAAUAGAGACGGUACUCCUGCAUGAGUUCACCUUCACAUUUAUAACUACCCUCAAAAACAGCUAUUUAGCUUAUCCUCCGGAUUCCUUACAUCAUGAACGGGUCAGCAAUGUAUACUGCGCCUAUCGUGCUGGAUAUAAAGUUGAAAAGAGGACCACAAGGUCUGGGGUUUAACAUCGUUGGUGGUCUGGACCAGCAGUAUGUCCUGAAUGACAGUGGGAUCUAUGUGGCUAAAAUCAAAGAGAAUGGCGCUGCAGCCCUGGAUGGAAGAUUACAAGAGGGAGACAAGAUAUUGGCGAUUAACGGCCACAAGCUGGAGAACCUGUCACACAGUGCAGCGGUGGAGCUCUUCACGUCAGCAGGAGAGGACGUGCAGCUACGUGUACAGCAGAGGCCCACCAUGGUCAUGAAUGUUCCCACCAGUUCCAGGCCUGACGCUGACUCUUCUGUCUCCUCCUUGGGAAUACUUGUGGCUGUCCUGGGAGCUGCUGCAGCCGUUACGUUCCUCUACAUGCGCUUCCAGCCACAACUGAGGAGGCACUUUUAACACACUAACUUUCUCCUCAAAGCAUUUUUUUUAAGAGCAAAAUCUGGGACUGAACUUUGCUGAAGGCAACAAAAAAAAAAGAGAGGAAGAAACGAACUAGGAAAGAAAAGUAAGCCACGUUUCCAAUUUAUAGUUGUUCAUAUGAUUAGAAUUAUAAUUAUUCAUUUUCUCCCCCCCCCUGUGUAUUUUGUGAUUUAUCAUAGUUGCUUAAUUAACCCAAAUGCUAAAAGUACUUUGUUCUCUUGCCACAGGGAUAACGCUCAUGACAUGACGAGUUAACUUUGUCGUUGAAUAACAAAGAAAGAUGUAGGCUUCACAAUAAACAUGGCCGUCCUACUGCUGAGCGGAGCUCCUCAGACAGAAGGACUUGGCGGUUAAAAAGCGUUUUUAUUUCCAAAUAUAAGGGCAAUUUUAUAUCCGUCAAGAGGGGAGAGAUUUAUUUGUAGAGUUUCUAGGCAGAGUUUGAGCCCUGGACUCACUCUACCCGGCUCAUUAGUCUCGUGUUCUCACAGGGAGUUUUUUGGGGGGAAGACCAUGUUGUGUUCAGUCACUCGGAGGACCUUUGUAACUGAGUGGCUGAUCUGUUUUGGGGGAGCGUGGCUGAGAACUCACUCACUGUGUUUUGAUUUAGUCUGUUUAUACAGAUGCAUAUUAGCUAUGUGUUUUUGUUUUCAUAUUUCUGUUUUUUUAUGUUUUGUCCCCCCUGUCGUAAAACCGUCUCUAUAAUGUAGCAAAAAUACUUCCAGGUGCAGUAGCUGUAUAUGUGUGAAGGUAACGUUUGGGCUCCUGGCGUUGGGAGGUGAUUCAAACUGGUCACAAUGACAAGGUGGAUGUUCAAUCAGUGAUGUGCUGUGAACAUAGUAGCCUGGUCCCAGAUCUGGUGUCUCCUCCUGUAGCCUGGUCCCAGACCUGGUGUCUCCUCCUGUAGCCUGGUCCCAGACCUGGUGUC